CCGGGGUGUUGUCCGCGCCUCGCCCGCCCGUUGGCUGAGCUCUGCGCCCCGCCCGAGCCCGGCCGGCAGGUCCGAGGGGCGGGACACGCCGCCCGAGGUGAGGGACCACGGGCGGUGCGCGGACGACAGCAAGGGCGUGCGCCCGGCGAGGAGUCGCGCGCUGAGCCGCCGCCGCCGCCGCCGCCGCCGCCAGACCCCAGCCUGCGCGGUGCUCCGUGCCAGGAGGCGGCGGCCAGGCCGAGUCCCGGCCAAGCAGGGCAGGGGGAGCCCUCGACGGCGACCAGCCCGGCGAGGGGCCAGAGAAAGAGGACAAGGAGGAAGGGCGGCCUCACCGAGGACCCGGCAAUGGCGCUCGACUUUCUGGCUGGAUGCGCUGGGGGUGUGGCAGGUGUGCUGGUGGGACACCCCUUUGACACGGUCAAGUUUCACACACGGAGAAAUGUGCACACGCGCUCCGUGUACGAAUCUAUGAAUCACCGUGAAGCACACACCUGGGAGAAGAAACGAGGCCGGUCCCCCCGAAGCCCCCCUCCUCUCCUAACACCUCCGCCCUCCCCUUUUCCAGGCGGCCACCAUCCUAACUUCUCAUCCGUGAUGAGCGUAAGCCUCACCCCGGAGAGCGCUAGUGCGGCUCCAGGUCCAGAGCAUGGAGAAGCCCCAGUACCGAGGGACCUUGCACUGCUUCCAGGCCAUCAUCAAGCAGGAAAGCGUGCUGGGCCUGUACCGCGGCCUGGGCUCGCCCCUCCUGGGGCUCACCUUCAUCAACGCGCUGGUGUUCGGCGUGCAGGGCAACACCCUCCGGGCCCUGGGCCGGGACUCGCCGCUGAACCAGUUCCUGGCGGGCGCGGCGGCGGGCGCCAUCCAGUGCGUCAUCUGCUGCCCCAUGGAGCUGGCCAAGACGCGGCUGCAGCUGCAGGAGGCGGGGCCGGCCCGCACGUACCGUGGCCCCGUGGACUGCCUGGCGCAGGUCUACCGGCGGGAGGGCCUGCGCGGCGUCAACCGGGGCAUGGUGUCCACGCUGCUGCGCGAGACCCCCAGCUUCGGCGUCUACUUCCUCACCUACGACGUGCUGACGCGCGCGCUGGGCUGCGAGCCGGGCGACCGCCUGCUGGUGCCCAAGCUGCUGCUGGCGGGCGGCACGUCGGGCAUCGCGUCCUGGCUCUCCACCUACCCCUUGGACGUGGUCAAGUCGCGGCUGCAGGCUGACGGGCUGCGGGGCGCCCCACGCUACCGGGGCAUCGUCGACUGCGUGCGCCAGAGCUACCGCGCCGAGGGCUGGCGCGUCUUCACGCGCGGGCUGGCCUCCACGCUGCUGCGCGCCUUCCCCGUCAACGCCGCCACCUUCGCCACCGUCACCGUGGUGCUCAGCUACGCGCGCGGCGAGGAGGCCCGGCCCGAGGGCGACGCCGUGCCCGCCGCUCCGGCGGGGCCCGCCUUGGCCCAGCCCUCCAGCCUGUGACGCCCGGGCCCCCGGCACCCGAGGGCCCGAGCUCUCCCGGGGCCGCUUUUCCAAAACGCAGCCUAGACAUAAAUUGGGCCACCGGCGCCGACCACCCUGCAUCGGACGCCCAGACCCCGUGGGCUGUGACUCCAUCAGACCUGGGUUGAAUUCCACGCCUCAGCUGGGUGACCCUGGCCACAAAUUUGACAUCCUCGGCUUUCUCCUCUGUGAAAUGGGGAUCCUCAUACCCGCGUUGUACAGUCCGGAAGCUCAGAAAUGAUGCCCCCGCGGCGCCCAGCCUGGCACUGUUACUUGGAGUCUUCCAGAAACCCAGCCAACACUCCAGCCCUUUCCUGGGAUCCCAGCCACACCUCCAUGGGGUCUCUGAUGACCCACCCGUGAGCUUGCCAGCGACUCGCUAACGCUGCAAAUCCUCCACCUGGCAGAGCUCUCGGGACACUUCUUCACCUGUCCAGUCUGUGUUAGGGACAGAGAGGCAGCUCAGGGGCUUCUGGUGUCAUAGAACUGAAUCCUCUGCAAGGCUGGGAAUACUCCUACUCCUGACGCUCCCCCUGGAGGGUAAUCUGGGGGACCACUAAGAAGCCAUGAGACCUUCUGGAAGCUCCGUGUUGGCCUAGGGGCUGGGGUGGGGGAGCGGGCACAGGUCAGUGGGAGGGGCGAUCUCAACAGUUAAAUACAGCCAUGGCAAGGAGAAGUCUUUGCACCCUCUGGGCUUCAGGCUGCCCAUCUGUAAAAUGGGGACGUGGGUCAGCGGAUGUCUGGGGCUCUGGCCCACUACCAACGGCCAGGAACCAACACCAGGGUUCCCCAGGAAAUGGUGUCUUUCCCAGGCAAUCUCAAUGCUUCGUGUCCCUGUGAAUCCUCGCAGGGCCUGUGAGUGGCACAGGUACCGCCAGCUUGGGCCCCUCCAGGCCGAAGGGCAUCUGAGCCCGCGCUCCCGGGGCUGUCACUAGAAGCAGGGCUGUGGUGUGAGCUCAGGGCAGCCGGGCGCAUCCGGUACAUCAUGGCCGUGAGAAUGGGCGGGGAGGAGGAUUCUUUUGCACAAGCUGGAGGUGACUGUGGCCUCCUUUGCCCCGAGUGGCGCUCAGCCUCUUGGGCAAAGUGAUCAGCUCUCCCAGGAGGCAGGCUGUGCUCAAGGAAGGACAGGACUCCCACCUUGUACACGUGGCAUCAUUGUACAGAAACCGCCAAGGGAAUAAAGUGUUCUGUGUUUUUUUAA